AUGACCGCCCCCUUCCCUCUCCUCCUCGUUCCCGCUCUUCCUCCACAACUUCCCUUAACCGCGCCUCUUCCCUCUUUCGAAGAGUACGUGCCCCCGCGACCGGCCGCCACAGGCGGACGACAAAACCUAUCGGUCCAAGUAGAAGGACUUGGGAAAGAUGUACAGCUAGUAGUCGAUGCUGCGCACGGGUGUGGAGGUGUUAAUUGGCCCGCUGGAGAGGUCAUGUGCAGAUACCUGGUGUAUAGGCAUAGUCUAGAGCCUGAGAGGCUGAAGGGGAAAAAGAUACUCGAGCUGGGCUCUGGUACAGGCCUGCUUGGUGACGGCGAUGCUAGAGCCCUCGUCCGAAAUCUGGAUCACUGA